AGUUACAUCUGUGGACAGAAUCCCUCUGAGUUGGAAUCUAAUCCCUGCCUGUGGGGGCAGUAAUGAGCCGUAGCAGUCUGUCUACCGGAAACCAGCCGGAAACACAGAAGAAGAAAGCGACGUGCAGUUUGUUUACCGGCGGUCAAAGAUGGAGCCGAACCCCGGGGAUGACCCGGCCCCAACAGCCGCGUUGCUCUGCUCCCUCCUCAGCCUCGUGGUUCCUCCGGGGUUCGGUCACCAGAUGUUCGAGCUGUACCGGCUCCAAACCGCCGCCCUGAGGCGGCGGCGGCGGCGGGAAAUGAUGGAGCGGGAGCGGCGGCGGCGGCAGUACCUGCGGAGAAGGAGAGCCUUCCUGCUGUCCUCCAUCGCGGCCGCGCUCAGCCUCCUCUCCACCACCAGCAGACUGGUCUGGGUCCGAGCCCGGAGGCCGGGUCAGAACCUCUGGGCCACGGCCGAAGCGUUCGACGACGAGGAGUGGAAGGCGCAGUUUCGCGUGUCCCGAGUGACGUUCGACUACCUGCUCGACCUGAUCGGCCCGGCUAUCAAACGUCGCCGGACGAACUACCGCGUCCCCAUCGAGCCGCGCCGCAGGCUGGCCAUCACCCUGUGGUGGUUCGCGCGGUCCGGGGAGUACCGCUCCAUCGCCGAUAUGUUCGACGUGGGAAUCGCCACGGUGUGUAUGAUUGUGCGUCAGGUGUCCUCCGCCAUCGUGGAGCGGCUGUUUCACCGCUUCGUGUCGCUGCCGAGCGGCCCGCGGCUGGACGACACCCUCCAGGCCUUCAAGGACCGCUGCUACCCGCAGUGUGCGGGGGCCAUCGGCGGGACUCACAUCCCCAUCGCUCCUCCGAGGGAUAACCCCGACCACUACCUCAACAAGAGCGGGUGGCACUCCGUCAUCCUGCAGGCGGUGGUGGACCACAACCUCUGCUUCACUGAUGUGUACGCCGGCUGGCCCGGGAGCAGCAGCAGCGCCGCGGUGCUGUCCAGCUCAGACCUGUACCUGAAGGCAGAGGACCGCCCAGAUGGUUACCUGUUCCCCAGAGAGAGGUCGCUUCUGUCUGAGGGGGUGGAGAUCCCCGUCCACCUGAUUGGCGACACCUCGUUCCCUCUGAAGCCCUGGCUGAUGAAGGGCUACAGCGAGGAGCAGCAGCUGUCUCCUGAGCGCCGGCGCUUCACCUACACUCUGACCUCAGCCCGCUCCGUGGUGGACGCCGCCUUCACGCGGCUGAAAGGACGCUGGAGGUGUCUGCUGAAGAAGAGCGACAUCGACAUCUCCAUGAUGCCCAGAGUGGUGGCGGCGUGCUGCGUCCUGCACAACAUCUGUGAAGUCAGAGGGGACAGUUUCCUUCCUGAGUGGAACAUUGACAUGGCUCCUUCUGAGAGUUAUCUAAGACAGCCUGACACAGAGUCGAGUGAGGGAGACACGUACUGCACUGCUGAGGUCAUCAGAGACACCAUCACCUAUAACCUGUUGACUAUACUGCAGUACUGACUCCAGGAACACCUGCACAGGUGUCACAGACACAAACACCAAGACAGAGAGUUGUCACAGCUGCAGCUCCGAGUCUGAUCCACAUGUUGUUUGUUUACAGACCUGAGACCUGAACCACCAAGUCCAGAUUCUUCUGAGUCUCUGGUUCCUGUCUUCACUGAGUCUGUGAUCCAGAUUAAAUGAGGCUGGUUAUCAGCUGACUGUUACCUCUGAAUUCAUCAGCUGUAAGAGCAGCCGCCUGAAGAAGGAGAAUAACAUCAUCAUCAUCACCAGGAAGGAGGUGGUGACACCUGAACAUUUAAAGUGAUAAUAUUGUAUUUUUACUGCACUACAUUUACCUGAUACUUUUGUAUUUAAAUUUUACAUAAAAACACUUGAGGUUUUCAAAUACAUGUUCUCACCCUUUUGA